GGGAUGGGGGGGAUCUACGUGGAUAUAUCUCUCGAUCCGAGGACCGGUACCGUAAACGAAGUGAAGUGAAGUCAAGCUCAGCUCAUGUCUUCCUCUACGACAUCGAAGUCAUAGCUCGGUCGAGUCUGAAACUAAACAAGCACCCACAGCAGGAGAAAGUCGCAGUCCAUGGCCUUCGCCUCCUCUCAGCUCAGCUUCCUCUCCGGAACCCCACUCUCCCCCCCUCCCAAGCGUAACAUGAAGCCACUGGUGUCGCGCAGCUGCUCCAUGGACAAGGACGCAUUAAGUGAGAAAGGUGAGGUGAAGUUGGCCAAACUGGCGAUGGUGGCGUUAGCAGCAGGGACGCUGACGCUGGGAUCCGUCGAAUCGGCGGUGGCCGCAAAGUCCGGCGGCAGAAUUGGCGGCCAGGCCUUCCGAUCGGCGGCUCCCAGGGUGUCCGGCCCUCGGAUUAACAAUUCAAGGACAAACAUCUACGUCAAUCCCCCGGUAGCACCACCUCUUAUCGGUGGCUAUGGAUAUGCUGUGUCGUACUAUGGUGGAUGGGGAUGGUCACCCUUCAUGUUCUUCGCACCAGGGCCUAGCAUCGCGGUAGGUGUUGGUGGUGGUUUCGAAGUAUUGAUUGUGUUUCUAGUGUUUGGUGCCGUCACAGCAGUCAUCAGAGGACUUUUGGGAAGGAGGGACUAUGAAGAAGAUGAUUAAUGAUGGUUGUCUCAAGUGCUACAACUAAAAGUAGUCGUCAUAAAAAGGAGAAAAAACUCGUCUUUGAACCUGUGAGCAUAAUUUUGUAAAUGGAUUGUUGUAUUAUAGGAGAUUUAAGUAGUGUUUCUAUGGAUGCCUUCAUGUAAAGAA